AUGGCGUUGCGCGCCCGGGCGCUGUACGACUUCAGGUCGGAGAACCCGGGCGAGAUCUCGCUGCGGGAGCACGAGGUGCUGAGCCUGUGCAGCGACCAGGACAUCGAGGGCUGGCUGGAGGGCGUCAACAGCCGCGGCGACCGCGGCCUCUUCCCGGCCUCUUACGUGCAGGUGAUCCGCGCCCCGGAGCCCGGCCCGGCGGCGGCCGACGCCGGGGGCCCUGCCGGCCCGGCCCGCUACGCCAACGUGCCGCCCGGGGGCUUCGAGCCUCUGCCCGCCGCGCCCCCCGCCUCCUUCCCGCCGCCGCCGGACGCCUUCCAGCAGCUGCUGCACCCGCAGCAACAUCAGCAGCAGCAGCAGCAGCAGCAGCAGCAGCAGCAGCAGCAGCAGCAGCAGCAGCAGGCGUCGCCCCUGGGCGCCGGCUUCCCGUACGGCGGGGCCGCCUUGCAGCCGUCCCCGCAGCCGCUCUACGGGGUCGGCGGCUACCAGGCCAGCCAGGGCAGCGACGACGACUGGGAUGACGAGUGGGACGACAGCUCCACCGUGGCCGACGAGCCCGGCGCGCUGGGCAGCGGCGCCUACCCGGACCUCGACGGCUCGUCGUCCGGCGCCCGCUACCGCCUGUCCACGCGCUCCGACCUGUCGCUGGGCUCGCGGGGCAGCUCGGCGCCGCCCGCGGCCGCGCACCACCCGCAGCACUCCGGGGGCGCCAAGAGCUCGGCCACCGUGAGCCGCAACCUCAACCGCUUCUCCACCUUCGUCAAGUCGGGCGGGGAGGCCUUCGUGCUGGGCGAGGCGUCGGGCUUCGUGAAGGACGGCGACAAGCUGUGCGUGGUGCUGGGCCCCUACGGGCCCGAGUGGCAGGAGAACCCGUACCCGUUCCAGUGCACCAUCGACGACCCCACCAAGCAGACCAAGUUCAAGGGCAUGAAGAGCUACAUCUCCUACAAGCUGGUGCCCACGCACACGCAGGUGCCCGUGCACCGGCGCUACAAGCACUUCGACUGGCUGUACGCGCGCCUGGCCGAGAAGUUCCCCGUCAUCUCCGUGCCCCACCUGCCCGAGAAGCAGGCCACGGGCCGCUUCGAGGAGGACUUCAUCUCCAAGCGCCGCAAGGGCCUCGUCUGGUGGAUGAACCACAUGGCCAGCCACCCGGUGCUGGCGCAGUGCGACGCCUUCCAGCACUUCCUCACCUGCCCCAGCGGCACCGACGAGAAGGCCUGGAAGCAGGGCAAGCGCAAGGCCGAGAAGGACGAGAUGGUGGGCGCCAACUUCUUCCUGACGCUCAGCACGCCGCCGGCCGCCGCCCUGGACCUGCAGGAGGUGGAGAGCAAGAUCGACGGCUUCAAGAGCUUCACCAAGAAGAUGGACGACAGCGCCCUGCAGCUCAACCACACGGCCAACGAGUUCGCCCGCAAGCAGGUGACGGGCUUCAAGAAGGAGUACCAGAAGGUGGGCCAGUCUUUUCGGGGCCUCAGCCAGGCCUUCGAGCUGGACCAACAGGCCUUCUCGGCCGGCCUCAACCAGGCCAUCGCCUUCACCGGAGAUGCCUACGAUGCCAUCGGCGAGCUCUUCGCCGAGCAGCCCAGGCAGGACCUGGACCCCGUCAUGGACCUGUUGGCGCUGUAUCAGGGCCACCUGGCCAACUUCCCCGACAUCAUCCACGUUCAGAAAGGAGCUCUUACCAAAGUAAAGGAGAGUAGGCGACACGUGGAAGAAGGGAAGAUGGAGGUUCAAAAGGCUGAUGGCAUUCAAGAUCGCACUGUAACACUAUUUCUUUUGCCCACGUUGGCUGAAAUUCACCACUUCCAUCAAAUUCGAGUAAGAGACUUUAAAUCACCAGACUGCAGCAUUUCUUUCAACAACAGAUAAUAUUUUUUCCAAAAAAGUGACCCAGAAGUUGAAGAAGCUCUUCACAAAUAUGACAGUGUUUAAUGACUAGACAUUGGAUCGUGCACUUUUUUUUUCAGUUCCUGGAUAAUUUCUCCAGCAGAAUACAGACUGCUAUCAAAGAGCUAUUGCCAACUAUCAGUGGGUGGUACAAGGAUGGUUUUGUGUUCAACUGAAACUCUGUGCUGAAUAUAUAAUUAUGUAGGAAAGAAACAGUUAAUAUGGUUAUGUAAUAGAAACAGUACCACACAUUGUAACUAAAUUAUACUAAUGUAUGCCUACACUACAUUGUAACCUUUUGGAAUAAUGAGUUUACUAUUUGCCUUAUUGCUUUUUUGAAGUAUGGGUAUUUAGUGCAUACUUUGUAGACCUCAAAAACCCUUAAAGG